AUGCAACUCAGGGAGGCCCUCCACAGGCGGUACCCGGACCUCGACAUCGACUACAGCACCUUCCCCACCGACCCCUCGGCCGCCGCGGCCGCGACAGCUGUGCGCGCCGGGCAGGUCGCGGCCCUGGCCGGCAUCGCGCUGCUCGACCAGGCGCUCGCGGCCCUGAACGUGCCCGUGCCGUCGUGGUACACCGAGCGCGUCGUGCCGUCGCGCAUGCCGUACAUGCUCGGCGCAUGGUUCGUUGGCAACACCGUGAUUCAAAGCCUGACCAAGACCGGGGCGUUCGAGGUGUUCUACGACGGCGAGCUCGUGUUCUCCAAGCUCGACACGGGCGGCAUGGCGCCUCUCGGGGCCAUCUUGUCCGACGUCGAGGCCGCGAUUCGGCAACGUUAG